AUGGCCCCCAACGCCAUCGGGUCGAAUCUUUGCACAUCAGCAUCUUGCGUGCACAUCGCUUCCGAGAUUCUUGGAAGUUUGGCUUUGAACUACACCGAGAUUGACCCUUGCGAAGACUUUGAACAAUAUGUUUGCGGCAACUGGGCUGCUCGACACGAGAUCCCUGCUGGCGGAGUCUCCACAGAUGGACUCACGCUUGCUCAGGAAAAUGUCGAUAGUGCCUUAAGACAGAUCCUUGAGAGCCCAUACCCUUCCGGCGAAGACGCUGGAUGGAUUACCGUCAACUUGACUAAGGAGCAGUCCGAGGCAGACAAGGAGAUCUUUUCUAAGAUACAAGACAGUUAUCAGGUCUGCACCAACUAUACAGCGCUCGAAGAAGAGGGUCUCGAAACUCUGCACGAGGUUGUCAAGACAGUCGUUGACCUGUACCCUGCAACUGGUAACAAGACAGCUUCAAACACAACCCAGGAUUCUGUUGCCAUGGGCAAGACUUUGACCUUUUUCGAGAGGAUCGGCGUUCAAACCUUUCAGCGGUUCAUACAGAAGCAGAAGGAUACCGACCCUGACGCGGUCCAACUCACCCUUUUUCCCCUGCAGCCUGAUGAAUUGGUCCUUCCCGCUACAGAGAAGGAUCUCGAAGAGUACAUCCAGAUCGCUUCUCAGCUUAUGGUCGCCCUUCACCCCUCUAAUAUCAGCACGGCAGCAGCUUCCAAGCUCGUCGCUUCAGUCAUUGAGUUAGAAGGCAAACUAGUGGCUGCUUCUGCCUUGGCCGUACAGAACGGAUCGGCAUCUGACAUUGUCUCAAUCGACGAGGCCCAGAAACAAUUUCCUGAGCUGAACUACGAGUAUGUUAUCGAACAGCUUGCUCCAAAGAACUGGAAAGGCGAUAUCCAAUUUAUCUCACCCGCCUAUUUCAACAAUGCAUCCCAGAUCAUCUCGGGGACUCCGACUACAAUUCUCCAAGCAUAUUUUGUAUGGAAGGCCAUUACCUCCAUUUCUAUCUACAUCGAGGACGACUUAACCAACGCCUAUGACGACUUGGUGAAUAAGAUAAGGGAUAGAGACCCCGAGAGUCCAGCACCCCGAUGGAAGCGCUGUAUCAACUUGAUGAACUAUGGAGUUGCAUGGACCCAAGGCUCCCAAAUCACGUCGCAGUUCAUCGGCCCGACAGGCUUGACGUGGAUACUCUCACGCUUCUUCGUGGACCAGCACUUUAGUCCGGAAGCUAACGAGCUUACAUCUAAUCUUGUGCAACACAUCAAGGACUCUUUUUCAGAGCGCAUUGAAUCGCGGGACUGGGCAACAGAUGAGGUCAAGAAGGCAUCUAUCGAAAAGGUGGAAGCUAUGAAGAAGAUCAUUGGUCUUCCGACGUUUCCUGAUGCCGUAGACCCUAUCGCCCUCAAGGAAUACUACUCGGAUGUCAAGAUCCAGCCUUCUCUGGCCUUAAAUGCGCUGAGCUUUGCCAAGUCCAAGGUUAAUAACAAUUGGAUGACUCUUGGAAAACCAUACAACAGGGGACAAUUUGUCCUAAGCACCCUGACCGCCAAUGCCUACCACGCCCGUACUCUGAACCAGAUCGUUCUCUUCGCAGGAUUCCAACAAUUCCCUAUCUACGAUGUAGACUUUCCGUCCUAUCUCCUCUACGGUGGAAUGGGUAGCGUCGUCGGACACGAGAUCACGCACGGCUUCGAUAAUACCGGCCGCAACUUUGAUACGAUUGGCAACGCAACGCAAUGGUGGGAUGAGGAGUCGAUCAAGGCCUUUGAAGAGAAGACAAAGUGCUUUGUGGAACAGUACAACAACUUCACCAUCCUAGCCCCCAAUGGUACAGAUGUCUAUGUUAACGGAACGCUCACUCUUGACGAGAACAUCGCAGAUGCCGGCGGUGUGUCCUCUAGCUAUGAGGCCUGGAAGAAGUGGGAAAGCGGAAAGGGCAAGGCCAAGAAUCUUCCAGGUUUGCAAGACUUCACCCACGAGCAGCUCUUCUUUAUCAAAUGGGGUCAAACCUGGUGUUCCAAUGUGCCGCCCAAGUUAGGUCUCCAGCUACUCGAGGAUGAUGUGCACAGCCCAGCCCCUGCGAGAGUCCUGCUGCCUCUCAAGAAUACUGUUGGAUUUAAUAAGGCAUUUAAUUGUCCCAAGAAAGAACCCGUUUGUGAGCUCUGGUGA